GAAACCAAAUUACGCAACUCCUAGAAUUAUUAUAUAAAUAGAAAAAUAUUUUUCUUUGUAUUAGUUUUGGUGUUUUCAAAGUGAAACGCUUGUUUAAGUGUGGUUCUUUUGAGUUUAUUUAUAUACAAGAGUAUAAAAUGCACGGAGAAAUAAGCGAGAGGUUCAUAUCAUGUCGAAAUGUCUCUGCGAAAUAUGGGUGUCCUCCUUCAGUAUCUGAUGGAUUGGAGCUGUAUGGUUUAUUAAAGCAAGCUACAAAAGGGAAUAUCAGUAAAGAAAAACCAAGUGCUUUUAACUUAGUCGAGUCAGCUAAAUGGAGCGCUUGGAACGGGAAAAAAGGCAUGACCAAAGAACAGGCAAUGGAACAAUUUAUAGAAACUGUAAAAAGAGCAUAUUCUUGCACAUGCUGAGAAUUUUUAGCCAAAAACUAGUUAAGAAGUUUUUUUUUGAAAAUGUUCUUAAUGAAGAAUAAUCUGCACCAAAGAAAGGAUUAUUCUGAUGUGUAUAUAGUUUUAAGUUUUUUGUAUUAUUGAUGUUCCUUAAUAUUUUAUUAUAAUUUUCGUAAUAAUCAUAA